GCAAAUCGCGGGGGCGGGUUGCCUUGAGCAAACGCUACAACCUUGCAAACGCUUCAGCUAAUCACCAAAUCCAGGCAUGAUUAACGCGACGAUCCUAGCAGAUUGCGGCAGUUGAGCAUCAGAAUUCACCGACACCCAUAGUCGGCUCACCGAUACCCGGACUUGGCCAAAACUUUAUACCCCUGCCCUCAGACGGUGGCGGGCGAACCUCAUGCAAGUGUUCAACAAGCUGUUCCCAGACGUGGCUUGGACAAGGCUACGGGACAAGGCAGGAUGUUGCUUCAGUUGCGAGAGUAAGAAGAAAUUACGGCAAUCUUCCUUUCCCGACAUACGAGAGACCAUGUCUUGUCGUGGUGGCGGGAGAUACAAAAGCCUCCGUCUGCCUCUGACCGGAGUGCUACAAGUACUCAGGCUUCAAAUCACUCCUUGCAAAACUGCUCCCUCCACAAGUCGCUCGUUUCAACUCGCUCCAGUCACUCUUUUUAAUUGAUUGUCGUUCUACCGGGUUUACCUUUCCAGCUUUUCAUAACAUCAAUCCUCAACAAUAUCAAUCACCAUGAAGUUCACAAGCAUUGUUGCGCCUCUCCUCUUGGCUUCCACUGUCGCCGCUGUUCCCAGCUGGAGAGACUGGCACGGUCCGGGUCCGCAAUGCCCUGAAAGUACUUGCCUGACUCAAGCCGACGCUGAUGACAUCGUUGCCAAAUUCAUCAGCAUUCUCGAUCAUCCGGACGUCGCCGCAUCGAAUGCCACUGCCCAAGCCUUGUUGGGGGACAGCUUUUUCGAGAAGUCUGACUCCAUCAAUAUGCUUGCUGGUCACCCAAUUGGCGCUGUCACAUUCUCUGGCAAGACUCAAUACAUUCAAGGCGUUCUCCUCGCUCCAUCUAUUACGAACAUCACGACGUACAAGACCAUGGUCGCUGGGUGCACAAACGUUCUAUGGUACUGGAACAUGGCAGGCAUUGGAAGCAAGCAGAUCCCAGUCAACGGAUUCAACCUCUUUGAGAUCACUCCUCAGAAACAGAUUGCCGACAUGUUCGUCGAAUUCAACAACAUUGGCUGGGGCAUCGACACUGGCUUCACGGUCUACAGCCGCAAUGGCACCAAACUUCCUUUGGCGUAGAGCACAGGUGAGGGAAGUGUGCUGGGUCUGAGGCCAGAGUCUCUUCUUGAUGAAGGUCACGGCUGUCUUUUCACCAUGAUAUGAACGUGUUUCUAAGGUUCUUCUGGGUGCUAUUGGUAUGUCGGCUACGCGCCAGCUAGGAUCUGCCACCGCUCAUGCCAAUUUGGGUUGUGCCGAAGUAGAAAUCUAUUUCUUCGCAAAUCAUAUACUAUUCUCCACAACAGACUCAAUAGACCUACCCUUGUGCACCGGCAUCUGGUCCUGUUAUCCUUCAUGAAAACGCUCUAGAGGAUGCACCACGUAUCCGACAGGAGUUGGACGGAAGGGAUCCCGGAAUCACGAACUGAUGUCCGACUUCGUGUGCGUAACUCCUGGACUGGGAUAUGAUUUGCAACUUAGAUCACUCGGUAGAUAGGAUUCGACCAAUCUCUCAG